AUGGCUCAGCAGAAGAACGCGCACGUGCCCAGGUUCGGCAACUGGGACAACGACGGCAACGUGCCGUACACGCUCUACUUCGAGAAGGCACGCAAGGGCAAGGGCGCCGGCGGCAAGAUGAUCAACCCCAACGACCCCGCCGAGAACCCGGAGGCCUUCUCCAUGUUCGCGCCGUCGCCGAACCGCUCCGAAGCGCCGCCGGCGCCGACGCCUCCGCGGCACGAGCGCCGGCCCAGCGAGGCGCCGCCGCCGCCGCCGGCGCCGGCGUCGCCCAACCCCUACGCCGGGUCGCCGUACCACCACCGCCACGGCGGAAGAGCCGGCGGGCGGGCCGCCGGAGGGUACAGCGUCGAGCAGUCGCCCGUGCACCCGUACAGCAGCUCCGAGAGCGCCGGGUACGGCUUCGUGGCCAACUCCGUCGACCGGUCCCGCGCCAAGGGUGGCUCGCGCGGCAACGAGACGCCGACGAGGGGCUCGGCGGUGCCCAAGUUCGGCGACUGGGACUCCAACCCGGCGUCGGCUGACGGCUACACGCACAUCUUCAACAAGGUGAGGGAGGAGAAGCAGACCCAGGCGGGGAAGCCGGCGGCGUACGGCAAGGACGGCGCGCGUGGCAACGGCGCCAAGCAGCACCACGACGACGGCUACGUCUCAUCGAAAUUCUCAUGCUUUGGAUGGUGCAAGCAGUAG